ACAACGUCCUAAUUUUUGUACUAUGCUGUGUAAUAUAUUCCUUCAAGGUGGAUAUAUGUACAUGAAUAUGAAAUAAUAGUUGUACGUGUAUUAAACUGUAUAUAUUGAAACAAAUAAACUUGUGAUAAAUUUAAUCGCCUAUGAACAAUCAAUUCUAUGUGUAUUAUCACCUGUUCAAUUUUAAUAAUGAUACCAUUUUAUAAGUUUUAAUUCAUUAUUCCAAUUUGAAUGAAAAUAAUGAUAAGGAUAAUAUUGACAACAAGAAAAAUACAAAAAAUUAAUGAUAUCUAUUCCUGAAAUUCUGAAUAUUUUAAAGUCCUGAAUUGUUUAAUUCACAUAUGAACUAAAAUGUAACUAUGAGUUGUGCAAAAAUUGGUAUACAAGAAUACAUUCUAACAAAAUCUUAUACACCAAUGAGUAAAAUUUCAACAGAUGUUGAUAGUUCAUGUACAAAAAUUAUUCCUGAUAUAUCAGAAAACAGAAAAAGGGAAAAGGUGAUAGAUAUGAAAUUUCUACCAGAAUCCAAUGAAAAAGAUGUUGAAUCAGAUUAUAUCAAUAAAAAUAGUCCCAAUUUGUUUCAGUGCAAGUGUACUCAAUCACCAUGUAGAUGUUAUUUAAAUAAAGUGGGAACUUCAAUGGACAAUGUAUCUCCAAAAGAUUUAGAUUCAAGUCUUGAUGACUCGAGAAAUAAAGAUAAUUUCACUUCAAUUACUUUAGCGGAUUAUUUCGAUGCAUUAACAAAACAACCAAAAUCAUUUCGUGGAACGUCUUACAGCCUAUUACCACGUGAAAUUAUCAGUCAUUAUCAAAUGCCCAGGAAUCAAUCACAUUUAUCAACAUCUUCUAUAUCUACAUCAUCGAAGCAACAAUUUGACGCUGAUCACAAUAAUAAAUCAGCCAAUGAACAAAUAAAUAAUAAUAGUGAUAAUAAUAAUAAUAAUAAUAGGAUUUCAAAUUACAGUAGUAGUACCAGUAACAAUGAUAGUAAUGAACCAUCAUUUCCAGUGGAUUACUUUAACUAUCUAAAGAAGAGACGUGAGUUUCUUACUGAUCGAUUGUUAAGUCGAUAUACUGAAUUAAUAAAUUUAUUAAAUGAAGAAUUGGAGUUGACUGGAUAUCCACCAGCAAAUUAUUUACAGCAUACACAUGCUUAUUAUGAAGCGCUGGAAGCAUUCAAAAAAAUACAUGGGGAUGAUUUAUCCGAUCAGAUUUAUGAUAUGAUCACGAAUAAUGAUUCGGGUUUGCGGCUAAAAAAUAAAGGUCGUCAUGCUAAAUCAACAAAUUUCAUUCCUGUGCGUGGAAGUCGACUACAAGAAACAAGUUUCAUGUUAUCACCAAGAAUAAUGCGUAGAGCUAGUAUAAAACUUUCAUCAUCAGUUAACUGUCUCUUGAAAACUAGUCAUUCAUCAUUGUUUAUAGAAGAUUUAUGCAACCAACAUCAUGGACAAUCUAUGCCUUGUGAUGAAGAUAAUUCAAGUCAAAUUUUAGAGGAUCAAAACAAUUCCAUUCAUUUUAUAAAAGAUAAUCAUAAUGAUACAACAAAUUCAAUAGCGCCAACUAAAAAGUUGAUAAAAGAAGGUACUAUCAUGCAAAAAUUGAACAAAUCAAUCCCUUUAUCACUUAAGUCACGCUUUACAACUAAUUUAGUGAAAUCCAAUUAUGAUAUGCAUACAUCUGCCUCCAGUCCAUCUUUAUGUGAUUCUGGAAUCUUCCUGCGUCAGACAAUUGAAACAACAACCACGAAAACAACAGUAGAAACGACCACAGAAGCCCAGUUCUCCUCAUCUCCACCGUCAUCAGUAUCAACAAUCUUAACAAAUACAACACAACCAUUAUCAAGCCAAUCUAAUAAGAUCAUUGCUGUCAUUAACCCUAAAGAAGAAAUUUGUAAUCCUUAUAAUUUUAAAGAUAUACAGCAGGCUAUCUCAUGGCUUGAAGUUGAAUUGAAUGCUGUUAAAAAUAUAAUGCUGGCUAAUAUGAAAUGCGCAGAUGAGAAUAAAAAAAAUAAAGCAUCUCGUAAAGCCUACAAAUUAGCGGCUAAACGUAACCAAGAAACUAUAACUAACCUUGAGAAUCAAAUACAUGGCCUACAAAUGUAUACACAAAAACGCGAACUAUUCAAAUGCUCAAAAUAUGAAAAUACAUCAAUAUGUAAUUCUGAUCAUUAUUCAACCGGUCAGUCGCUACUCAAAGUGUCCUCGUCAUCUUUAUCUUCUCAAUUAUGCUCCUGUUCACCAUCAUCUUCAUUAUUACCAAGUGAACGUAGGUCAAUUGAUCAAUCGACGAAUGAGAUCCCCUCGAAAAUAAACAUUCUAAAAAAAUAUAGUGAGAAAUUUAACCAUUCAUCCAUCACUCAUUCCAGUGUAAAAGAUUUAUUAUUCACGCAAAGAGAUGUUGAUGAUGGAAAAAUAUCACGUCCAGUUAUUUCGUACCAUAGUAAUCAAAGAAAUCUACCACAGAAUUCAUUACAACAUACCCAACUGAAUAAUACUAAAACAGUCAAUGCAAAUGUUGAAGCAUUAAAACUGUUAUCACCCAGUGUAUCAUUGAAAUUUCUUCAAAAUAAUAAAGUUCAAAAUAAUUCAACUGGGACUCAACAGACAAUGGUUUCUUUAAAAGAAACAACAACGCUGACAACGGAUUUCGUUAAUGGGGAAAAUGAUAAUAAUUAUGAAAAUUUAUCUGAAUACGAGCAUCAAAGAGAUAAUAAUUAUACAACUACGACAAAAUCAUCAUCACCGGUGCCAUCCUCUUUGUUAGAUAUGGAAGAGUCUCAGUCAUAUAAUACAGCUGUUUCAACGACAUCUAAGAGUUUUAGUGAUAUAGGAACACAGACAGUCAAUCAUGAUACAUUUGAUGGUUAUAAUAAAAAUGGUAGUAAUAGUAAUAAUAUUGGUUUAGACACUAGUCCAAACAACCAAUCAUUACUAAACGGGAAUUAUACACAAGAUAUUUACCGUGGCAGUGAUCAAUCAUCAGAAAUGAACUCCUAUUAUGGUUCUCCAUCGCAUUAUCAACUUUCAUCGGAUUCAUCUCAUAACUUAAAAUCUAAUUGUCACCAACAUCAAGAAUUAUCAUUUAAUGCAAAAAAAUCAUUUUUGAAUGGGAAUAAAUUUCAACUAGCACCAAAACAAUUAAAUGGAAGUCAGAAUUCAUUGUUACAUUUGACAAAAUCAUGUCGAAGUCCGACAUUAUCAUCUUUUUCUUCUUGGUCAUCAACUCAUUCUUUAUGUUCAGUAAAUUUAAUUGGACAACGUGAAUCUGCAGAGAAUAACGGUAGUGAUACUAUGCCUGUUAAAAAGGUUUUACAAUCUUCUCACAGUACGCAUAAUAUUCGAAGUACACCACAAAAAACUUUAGUCGAUGUAGAAUUGAAUAAUCAUAAAUCUAAUCAUCAGAUUCAGUCAAAUGAAAUAAAAGUUCCAACUAGUCAAACCAAUUAUUAUUUACCGAUUCAUCAACUGCAAAAAAAUACUAACAGUACUAAAAAUAAUUCAAGUUUACAUUAUUUAUCUUGUGAACAAGUACAAUCCCCUGAUUUUGUUAAUAAAACAUCCAAAACUUGUUAUUAUAGUCCUGUUUCACAAAAUCGAUCAGGGCAAUCAAUUCGAAAAGUUAUUGAUUAUCGUAAUCCACUUUAUCCAGGAUUUAAAAGACAGAAUAAAGGACUACAUGUAACUUCAUCAACGGUAAAUCUCUGUCAAACUCCUACAGAUUCUCCAAACCACAAACGAUCUGGUAAUUAUCCAGCUAGAAUUAUUGAGAGAGCAAAGUUGUAGACCACAUUGGAUGAUUGUUGUUUCGUUGCUUAAGAAUGAGAAUUUCAAAGAUAGUUUUUUAUUUAAACCACGUGAAUUGGAAUAACCUCCGUUAGACCUAUAUUUCACUGAAUGUAUACAAUCGAUCAAUUAAUCGUUUGCUGUAUUUUACCUUGUGUACUUCCUGUGAUUAUGACAACGACAAAUAAUGAAAAAUGAAAUCAAAAAAGAGAGAGUUGAAGUGAUAACGUAACAUUUUCUCAUGUACUAUCUUUUCACAUAAUGAUUAUAAUUCCUUUCAUGAUUAAUAAUUGAUUCAAAUUUAUUAGUUUAUCAAUUACAGUGUUUAUUAUCAUUAUACAAUCUGACAGAUUUUGUAGUUCCAUUUCAAUCUUAAAUGAAUUUAACUUUAUCACAACAGUCUUUUCAUGAAAUUAGCAAGAUUUAUGUAAACUUUUCUAUCUACUUUAAUCGUUUUCUAUUUAUAUAUAUUCAACCAUCUAUUACUGCAGAAAUGAAGCUGUUUUAAUGAUUGACUCUAAACGAAAACACUCGAGUGUUAUUUCUUUUCAAAAAAAAAUAUUAUUUUAUUGAACUCAUUUAUUUGCUUAGUAGAAUGUAUAUUUGUGUGUAUAUACGCACUCAUUUUCUGUCUAAACACCUUGAUUAUAUGUGUACAAAAUUUUCAUGAUUUGGAUUGACUUAAUUUCUUCUUUUGUAACUACUGUAGUGAACGAGAACACAAGUGGGGACAAUCGAAUGUAUUUGGAUACAAAAUUACAGAAUCUCUUAGUAAAAUCUGAGAACCAUGAAGUAAAUACUUCAUUUGCAAAAUAUCUGUUGAUCGUUUCAGAAUUCAUUGUUCCUUUGUUUCCAUACCAAUCAUUCUCUGUUCUCGUUUUCUUUUCUUCGAUUUUCCUAACCUUGUUCCUCAAGGUAUUUCACUUUCGACUGGUGAUACAUACUACUUAUAUCAGUCUAUAUGAAUAGCGUACAACACACUACAAGCUCACUGAUAAUGUCUUGUCGCUAACUCGAGAAGGACAAGUAAUAAAUAAAUUCGCUUUGUAUC